AUGCUUCCCGCUCUACCUCGGUUGGGCGAUUAUGACAUAUCAGCUCGGAACGGCUUCUUGCCUGAUGAGAUACCCAUCGACGUUCUACCAGAUCGCUACUACCAGCCAUGGGAGACAAUUGUGCGCAACUUCCAGAGUCUGAUCCUGGCCAAGCGGCUACGUCGGAUAGUAGAUGCACUUCCAGUACUCGAGACCGACCUCCUUCUCACGAAAGCUGAGUGGCAGCGAGCCUAUUCCAUCUUGGGAUUCAUUGCCCAUGGGUAUGUUUGGGGCGGUGACAAGCCCGCCGAUAUUGUCCCGCCCUCUAUCUCGAUACCUUUCAUGGAAACGUGCAGACACCUGGAACUGCCACCGGUGGCAACCUUUGCAGGGGUAUGCCUGUGGAAUUGGCGACCUAUGUUCGAUGGCGAGCCUGCGGAUACACUGGACAACCUUGCAACGCACAUGACCUUCACUGGCUCAAUGGACGAAUCAUGGUUUUACCUGGUGUCUGUAGCGAUAGAAGCGAGAGCUGGACCAGUUAUUCCGAUGAUGAUCGAAGCUAUCGCGGCAGCUAGACGUGGCGACAGCAACACAGUCGUGCACUGUUUACGAUCCUUUGCGGAGCGACUUGACGAGAUAGGUGCUCUUUUGGAGCGCAUGUACGAGAGUUGCGACCCACACGUCUUCUACCACCGCAUCCGACCAUUCCUAGCUGGAAGUAAAAACAUGGCGGACGCGGGCCUUCCAAAUGGAGUCAUGUUUAAUGAUGGCACUGGUCAACAGCCAUAUGUGCAAUUCAGUGGUGGCAGCAACGCUCAGAGCUCGACCAUUCAGUUCUUCGACAUCGUCCUAGGGGUUGAGCAUAGACCUACUGGUGAGAAGCAGACUAACAUAGAAAACCCUGCUUCAUCUGGACCUUCGCAUGGUUUCAUCCAGGAUAUGCGGAACUAUAUGCCUGGACCUCACCGUAGGUUCCUGGAGCAUAUGGAGAGCAUUGCAAACAUCCGGGAAUACGUUACAGCAAAUCGCAAGGAUCGGGCCCUUACCACUGCCUACGACGCAUGCCUGGCCAUGCUGCGAAGUCUGCGGGAUAAGCACAUCCAACUCGUCUCGCGGUACAUCAUCAUCAAGUCGCGUGAGACACAGUCGCACGCCCGAUCGGUUUCGCCUAAGCAAGCAAACAACCAGCGCGUCAACCUCGCCAACACUAUGGCCCGUACAGGAAGCAAAAAGCUCCGUGGUACGGGAGGUACAGCUUUAAUUCCAUUCCUGAAGCAAGCGCGGGAUGAGACGGGCGAGCCGGCAAUCGAUGCGUGGGCAAAGCGAUUACUCAACAACGGGCCAGCAGAGAUUGGUGCGUCCUUUGGUGUUGACGAUGGCGUUGCGCGGCUAGGAAAGAUUGCAGAGGGUUUCAAUGGGCAAGUUGAGAUUGAUCAAUACAAUUACAGCUCUCUCAAAUACACUCGAGAUCCUCAAUCCACGACAGAACACAACUACACAACUAUGUCUUCAAACAAGGACCAUACCUCGACUUCUCAGUCCUACUUGGACCAAGCCACAGGCGCUGUCCAGAGCGCCAUCGGCUCUCUGACGGGUAACACCGCCGACAAGGCUCAAGGCGAGAACCGCAAAGACACCGCGGCCGCCGAGCAUGAUCUCUCUCACUCAGCCGCCAAAGCCGGUCCCUUCUCCGUAACCCCCUCAGGCGGCGUCGCAAAGGAUAACUCGGACCGCACCGAAGGCUCAUGGAACCAAAACAUGGGCGCCGCAAAAGAAGCGCUCGGCGGUCUUGUUGGUGCCGAGGGCCUCAAGCAGCAGGGCAUUCAGCAGAACAAGGAGGGCAAGGAGCAAGAAGCUGCUGGACAGGUCAACGACCUGGGCAAGGGCAUCGGAGAUAGGCUUGGUGGUACGAUUGGUGGUGCUGUUGCAGGUUUGACCGGCAAUGCAGCGCAAAAGGAAGAGGCGCAACGGCAGCAUGAUGAGGGAAAGGCGCGGCAGAGGGGUGUCGAAGCAGACUUGCAAAAGCAGGCUGAGGCCGAGAGGCGCUAA